CGGAAGCAGGCGUCCGCGCAGCGAGUGCCCAGCGGCCCGCCGUCCGCGCCCAUGAGCGCUUGCGCGGGGCAGAGCGGGACGGCCGGGCAUGGCGUUCCGGCACGCGCUGCAGCUGGCGGCCUGUGGCCUGGCCGGGGGCUCGGCCGCCGUGCUCUUCUCUGCCGUGGCGGUGGGGAAGCCCCGUGCGGGCGGGGACGCGGAGCCGCGCGUGGUCGAGCCGUCGGCGUGGGCCGGGGUCGCACGUCCCGGGCCCGGCGUCUGGGACCCCAACUGGGACAGGCGAGAACCGCUGUCCCUUGUCAACCUGCGGAAGAGGAACCUGGACUCUGGAGAUGACGACGUGGCGUCCAGGGUCGACCACUGCAAAGCCAAGGCCACGCGGCACAUCUUCCUUAUCAGGCACUCCCAGUACCACGUGGACGCCUCCCGGGACAAGGACCGCACCCUGACGCCCCUGGGUCGUGAACAGGCUGAGCUAACUGGUCUCCGACUUGCAAGCUUGGGGCUGAAGUUUAAUAAAAUAGUGCAUUCCUCCAUGACCCGCGCAGUGGAAACCACCAACAUCAUCAGCAAACACCUGCCAGGCGUCUCCACGGUCAGCACAGACCUGCUGAGGGAAGGUGCCCCCAUUGAGCCCGACCCCCCCGUGUCUCACUGGAAGCCAGAGGCUGUGCAGUAUUAUGAAGACGGAGCCAGGAUUGAGGCCGCCUUCCGGAACUACAUCCACCGGGCAGAUGCCAAGCAGCAGGAGGACAGUUAUGAGAUCUUCAUCUGCCACGCCAACGUCAUCCGCUACAUUGUGUGCCGGGCGCUGCAGUUCCCUCCUGAAGGCUGGCUCCGCCUCUCCCUCAACAACGGCAGCAUCACCCAUCUGGUGGUCCGGCCCGAUGGCCGUGUGGCUCUCCGGGCUCUUGGGGACACGGGGUUCAUGCCUCCUGACAAGAUCUCCCGCUCCUGAGGCCCACUCUCCUCACCCGGCAUGGGAGCCACCAGGAACACAGAUGCCUUCCUGCCGUCCCCUCCACAGGCUGCGCUGCGGUCACUUCCUCUCCAGGACCAGGCAGCCAGAGGGAAGUAUCUGAAAUCUGUGUUUCAGUCCAUGUGGCCCUGGAUGGAAAAGGGGAGCAUUCAGGUCGGACCAGCCGAUCCUUUCUCAGGGUCUCCUCCCCCAGGACAAGCCUGUGGGGUUGCAAGGAGGCCUCGCAGGUGUCACUGCGGGGACCACCGCAGAUUGCAUCGAUGUGUCUUUGGUCACAACCACAGCUGGCCAUGCGACCCCUCGACCCUCUGUCAGCAAAGCUUGUCCGGCACCGGGGACUUGGAGGAGGGCCCAGCACUUCCAUUUGUGACUUAUUUUGCUUCCUACAUUCUUUUCAUUUCUUACAACCCUUCUGCCAUUUGUGGUACGUGUUUGUCAACUCAAGACUGUCCGUCUGGGUUCCGGCAGUGAAGACUGUAUCUCACUGUUGAGACAAAACCACACACCCCUGACGCCGUUGGAUCUGAACUCACCUACACGAUUGGCCUCUCUGGACACACAGGAGCUCCUAAGCAGGUGAGGGCGGGGGGCCAGGUGGUGACAGCCCAGAACAGAGUCCUGUUUUAAGUAAAAUAUCCAACUGACAAUUGCCUCUGGCUGUUAAGCUCUUAGGCUUACAGAUUUAAAUAUUUGGAUAUGAUGUGCCCACCCCAAAUAUUCUGUUAAUUUACAAAAACAGUACAAUUUCUAUGAAGUGAUUAUGAACAUUUUCUGCAAUCAGGUCAACCAAAUGGGAUACUUGCUCUAUUUCUGUCAACUUUAGAAAUAACUACAAAAUAAAAUUUUAUUUUACUGGUUUCCAAA